GAGUCUGUUAGAUUCAGUUCAAACGGACCCUUUUAUAAUAUCCCUUGGUUGACUGAGGUAGGAAAGGAUUCAUAAGAAAAGAAGAGAAGAGAAGAGAUCUCCAACUGUUGAGAAGUAAUGUCUUCAACAGUUGGCGAUGAGGUUGUAGAGGAAGAAGAACCACCACCACCACCACCACCACCGCUGCAGGGAAAGAAGGUCCGGCGAUACAACUCAUUGGACGUGGAAUCUAGUAACUUUCGUGACCAUGACGCCCCUGGAUCCAAGGUGGUGGAUUGGGCGACAAUAUUGCAUUUGGCGUUUCAGAGCAUAGGGAUAGUGUACGGUGACAUUGGAACAUCGCCAUUGUAUGUGUACGCGAGCACCUUCACCGGUGGGAUAAAAAAUAAUGACGAUAUAUUGGGUGUCCUCUCCAUGAUUUUCUACACACUCAUCCUCAUCCCCCUCAUCAAGUAUGUCUUCAUAGUCCUCCAGGCCAACGACAAUGGCGAUGGGGGGACAUUCGCGCUAUAUUCAAUGAUAUGCAGAUUCGCGAAGGUGGGGCUGAUACCAAAUCAACAGGCAGAGGACAAGGACGUUUCAAACUUCCGGCUAGAGUUGCCCAGUGAUGGCCCCUUUCGCCGAGCAUCAAAGCUCAAAUCCGCACUUGAGAAGAGCAAUUCUACCAAGUACUUCCUACUCUUUGCAACCAUGUUGGGUACUUCCAUGGUCAUUGGUGAUGGCAUCCUCACUCCUUGUAUCUCAGUUUUAUCAGCAGUGGGAGGUAUCAAGCAAGCCACCAGUUCUAUGACUGAAGAUGCAAUUGUCUGGAUAUCAGUGGCCAUAUUGAUAGGUUUGUUCAUUGUUCAAAGAUUUGGAACUGACAAAGUUGGGUAUAGCUUUGCUCCAAUUAUUUGUAUUUGGUUCACCUUCAUCGGUGGCAUUGGUCUCUACAACUUCAUCAAGCAUGACCUCACUGUAAUAAAGGCCAUUAACCCUAAAUACAUCAUAGAUUACUUUAGAAGAAACAAGAAGGAUGCAUGGAUUUCACUUGGCGGUAUUGUACUAGCUAUAACAGGAACUGAAGCAUUGUUUGCCGAUGUGGGACACUUCACAGUUAGAUCCAUACAGAUAAGCAUGUGCUCAUUAACAUUCCCUUCUCUUGUCCUGGCAUACACUGGUCAAGCAUCAUACCUCCGUAAACAUAAUGACGACGUAUUAGAUACGUUUUAUAAAUCCAUUCCAGGUCCUUUAUAUUGGCCAAUGUUUGUUGUGGCUGUUAUGGCAUCAAUUAUCGCGAGUCAGGCCAUGAUCUCUGGCACCUUCUCCAUCAUCCAACAGUCCCUGUCGCUUGGGUGCUUCCCCCGUGUCAAGAUAGUUCACACAUCAAUGAAGUAUGAAGGACAAGUCUACAUUCCUGAGAUCAAUUAUCUGCUAAUGCUGGCAUGUGUAGCAGUCACUAUAGGAUUCAGGACAACUGUAAAGAUUGGAAAUGCCUAUGGGAUUGCUGUGGUUUUUGUGAUGACUCUCACUUCAGCUUUUCUAGUACUCAUCAUGAUAAUGAUAUGGAAAACCAACAUACUCCUUGUAUUUUCUUAUGUUCUGAUCAUAGGCACAGUUGAGCUUAUAUAUCUAAGUUCAGUACUCUACAAAUUUGAUCAAGGUGGGUAUCUCCCCUUAGCCUUCGCCGCAUUCCUGAUGGCAAUAAUGUACGUUUGGAAUUAUGUAUACCGCAAGAAAUAUCGCUAUGAGGUAGGCCACAAGGUUUCUCCUGAGAAGCUUAGAGAUAUUGCUGCAAACACCAACUUAUGUCGAAUCCCUGGACUCGCCAUCUUCUACUCUGAGUUAGUCCAUGGCAUCCCACCCAUCUUCGAGCGCUACAUAGAAAAUGUGCCAGCAAUACAGUCAGUCCUUGUCUUCGUCACUAUCAAAUCACUUCACAUAAGCAAGGUUCCCGUGGACGAGCGGUUUCUAUUCAAGCGAGUUGAACCACAUGAACUUAAUGUCUUCCGUUGUGUUGUGAGGUAUGGAUACACCGAUGCACGUAAUGACAAAGAACCCUUCGAAAGAAUGUUGGUGAUCAGGUUAAAGGAGUAUAUUACUGAGGAUAUGUGGCUAAAUGAUGAGAGCGAAAGGACUGUUGUUGAAGAGAAGCAACGUGAAGAGGUAGAGAAAGAGCUAAAGAUGGUAGACAGGGGUUGUCAAUCGGGCAUCGUCCAUUUUGUGAGUGAGAGCGAAGUGGUAGCAGGAAAAGGUGCUAAUUUCGGGAAGAGGGUAUUGAUAAAUUAUGCUUAUAACUUCUUGAGGAGAAAUUUGAGACAAAGUUACAAGGUGUCUGAUAUCCCUUCUAAACGUCUCCUGAAAGUAGGAAUGAUGUAUGAGCUCUAGACCAAUGAAGAAUUAUAAGUAGGGAGUCACAGUCUACCAAUCUAGUCUCAAUAGAAGAAGCUAUGGCAACUGAAAUAACAGUUUUCCUCUUUUCCCUUUGGAGAAACUCAAUUCAAGUUGAGCAGGGAGGAAGAAGUAAUUUGGAACAGAUGUGAAUUAUGUGGCAACACUGGAUCAAUUUGUACAUGGAAUAAUGUCUUAUCAAAUAGGUGAACACAGCACCUCCAUAUCUCACAUUAGCAUCUUAUACUUUGUAUCCUCUCUUCAUUAUAGAUGAACUCAUAUGCUUAGAUUUA